AUGAGGGUCAUUUUGCUCCAAUUGAAGGAGAACGCCGAUGAGAGUCUGCAGAGAGCGUGGAAGAACGGAGCUGCUAAAGUUCUUCAAUCGGCACUAGCAAGAAUGGGAUGCACGUGUGCCAUUGAGGUCAACGAGGGCAAGGAUGGUCGUUGGAUGGCAGAAGUGAAUAGCCAGACCACCGGCACGAUCUUGGAGACACAUUUCAAUCUUGGACAGGUCGAUGAGGAUGGUGAGGAGAAGCAACUGGAGGUGAACGCGAAGGCAAGUGCGCAGGAUCCUUCAGGUGCAGUGGAUGCUGGAAAUGGAAGCCGGGAUGUUUCUAUGCCACCAGUUGAAGGUGAUUCGAAGCAACUGGUGCAUAUGUUCUAUGUGCGCUUGCAUGUGCCAAAGUAUAUGGAAGGACGGGAUGGUGCCAGGAAGGUUUUGAAUCCACAUGUGCCAGAAGGAUGCCGUUUGUUGCGCUGCGUGGCCUUGCAAAAUGGUGGCGGUGUCCGAGCCGAUUUGCUUGCCUCGAGGAAGGACUAUGAUGUUUUUGUCAAGGAAGUGGCAAAGCUUGGACGGGUGCAGCAGUUGGAGACAGGAGAUCUGAACAAGGAAAAGGAAGUUCGAGCGGAAACGAAGCGCAAAGCGGAAACCCUGGCCCAUGCGGCUCAGUUUGCCGAGCGUUUGUUCGAAGCAUUUGGUUCUGGGGGCAAACAGAGCAAGCGCCGGCAGGUGGUGGGCCAUUUGAGUGAGGCCUUCGCCACAAGCGUGCGUGUCCAAGCAUCCCAUCUUGGCUCUGCGCAAAGCUCGGUCAUGGACAACAGUUCCUGCGGAGAGAAUGAGGAGGAAGAGGUGGGGAAGUGA